UUGUCCCUGAGUUUCGCGAGUUUAUGACAGUAAAUAGUGUGGUAUGGUCGUUUCAAAAGAAAGGCGGUUUUGAUCUGGAGAUAUCGCUUAUUUUGUGCUGAAUGAUCUUACUAUCUGAUUGGUUUCAUCUUUAAUUAAAUAAAUGUCUCUUCUUGUUCAAAACAGCUACCUGAACAUUCAAUCAAUGCAAUGGAUGGAUUUGCAUCAUAACGUUUGAUUUUUUCCAAUCAAAUCUAAACAUGAAUUCAGCAUCAAGUAACUUUCAGUACACCACUCUACUACCGGAUUGUCUAAAUUCCAAUACUUUACAAACAUCAUCAUUAUAUAUGAGACGAUGGAGAAGGCGUCAAUUCAAAAGGUCAGAGGCAGAUCGUCUUGAAGGUCAACAGUGUCAACAACGACAAAAUCCACUGUAUGAUUUAUUUUCCAACACAAAUCAUCACCAAAAUGCAGCUGUUGAUUUGAACCAUAUUGUAGUUGGCAGUCCUAAAACAAAUUACAGUACUAACACUUUAAUUACGCCUACUCCUACUCCUACUAUUAACAUUAAUCAUAUUAAUGGUGAUAAUAUUAGCAAUCGAAGCUAUCAGUCACUGACUACAAAAACUUCAAUUGCAGGACAAUCGAAUACAGAUGCUGAUCUUGUUAUGGUAUCUCAUUCGACGACCUUGACACAGCAUAGUAAUGUAACAUCUCCUGGAAAUUAUAAGAAAAUACUAAUUGAUCGAUACUUGUUGAGUCAACCAAUAUCACAUGAUGGUACGGUCUAUGAUUCAACUAGUUCAUUCUCUAACAUGGUUCAUGUUCCAUUGAUGAAAGAAACACAAACAGAUUUUCACAAUGAAAACUCUAUGAAAGUAACGUUAAACUCGGAUACAAAGUGCCAUUUGAAAACUACAACAAGUACACUGUCAGAAGAGUUGAUCAAUAGAAAAGGAUCGAAUUCAUUGGACAAUGAAAUCAAAAAUUUCCAAUCUCUUUUAAGGACACUGUUUUGUGAUAUUUUAACACGAGAAUUAUUGGAUAAUAGAAAUAAAGAUAAACCGAACACUAUUCAGUCAACCGCCUCUUCCAAUCACAACAGACAUAGUAAUACAUGGAGUCCAAAUUUUAAUCUACAGAGCUUUUUCAGCAUUAUCAGUGACAAAAUUUGCAGUACUGAUUCUUCAAAUUCAGAAAGGAGACUAUCCUUCAAUGAUGAAAAAUUUGAACAAGCUAUUUCAACUCUACUAUCUUUUCAUCCUAAUUUGAGACAUGCGUUCUUAAAUGAAUUGCAAUCACUAUUGCGUAAUACAUAUUAUUCAAAUGGUAUGAAGAUAAGUGAUGAUCAAUCAACUGUUAUGGAAAUUGUAACUGAUAAUCACAAAUGUUUAACUACAUCUCCUCAUUCAUCAUUAAUUCAUAAUAGUACACCAGGAAUAAAUUUCCCUACUAGUACUAAUACUACUAUACAUACUCCUACUACUACUACUACUACUACUAAUCCGGUCACUAAUACAGGUCAGUCACAUUUACCUUGGACAAUCAGUUCAAUGAAUCCUAUUCAAUUGAAUACCAUUGACGGCAAUAAAAUUCCGAUGUUUAAUGAUAAUCAUAAUCAUAGUAAUAAUAACAAUAAUAAUAAUAAUACUUUGAAUCAAAGUUAUUCCAUUCCACAAUUCAUGGAUAUUGACAAUUAUCAAUGUAAAAAAUCACCAAACGAUAAACAAACUACAUUGAAUAAUUCUCGUGAAUUGUCAAUAUCAUUUUUAUCUGAACAUAGGAAUACUACUGUUAAGAGUAAUAAUGCUAAUACUUGUACUACUUUCAACCCAAUUUCAUCAGUACCAACAUUUAAUUCGAAUAAAUUUAGUAAUACUACUAAUACUACUACUAAUACUACUACUACUACUACUACUACCACCACUACUACUACUACUACUAUUGAUAAUAAAAGUAGUAGUAUGAAUAGUUCACCUAUUCAGCAGAGAAAUUCAAAUGGUUUAUAUGAAUGUAUGAUAUGUUCUCGUCAAUUUACACGUUCCGAUAUGCUUGUACGACAUGCUCAUGUGCAUACAGGUCAUAGACCAUUUGAAUGUACAACAUGUGGUCAAGCAUUUAGUCGUUCUGAUCAUUUAUCUACGCAUCAACGAACACAUACUGGUCAAAGACCGUAUCAAUGUACAUUAUGUUAUUAUUCAGCGUCUCGACGUGAUAUGAUUACAAGACAUUUAAAAGUACACGAAAGAAAAGGUCAAAUCCUUCCAACUCAUGAAGGUGGUGGAGCCUUGAAAUUACAUUUCACUACAAAUUUUUCACAGCCUUCUAAGUAUUCUAUCAAACACGGUGACAAAAGGACUAGUUCUCUAGUGAAUAUGACAGAUAAUCAUUUUUCUGUUGUAUCGACACAGUCUUCUCAUCUUAAUAGUUGUUAA